CUGAGCCCAGGCGAUUUGUGCACCUUAGUGUGGCUCCCGAAACGGAGCGCGUGUCGUGGUCUCCUCCGUAGUUCAGUGCACGUCUUUGUGACCGGUUUGUUCCUGCGGGCGCUCCCCGCUCCAGCCGGUGGCUUCGAGCUCCGAUCAUCCAGAGCUGAUGCCUCUCAGUGAUCAGUUAUCUGUUACAUUUACACCCCUGAAUUGGAAGGCCCUCCGCAGGGCAGUUUGCACGGUCCUCCCGCUCUCCAUCUUAUCCUUACAGAAAUCCUGUGAGCAGGUGGCUUUCCAUUUGCACUGGCCUACAAUAGCCAUCAUCCUCAGCAAGCCUACACAUACCCUACUGAUGGGUGGAUGGAAGUUGGAGGCAACACAUCUAGAAGGUGCUGAUCGAGGGAGCCUGACUGGCACGUUUAGGGUUGUUUCAGAGGAGGAGCAAGCCCUGAGGAGCAAACUUGAGCGCCUGACCACCAAGGACCAUGGCCACGUCUUCGGGAAGUGUGAGAAGAUCCCAGCAUACACCUUGCAAAAGGCCAAGGACGAACUGAAUGAGACGCCGGAGAGAUGCGAAUCUGCAGUGAAAGAGUUGCAGGAGCUUGUCCAGGAGAGAGCCAAAGGGGGGGAGGAUAUCUGCAAGGUGGUGGCUGAGAAAGUGAAGGGGAAGGACGAGGCCUUCUUUCUCCGCUUCAUCCGUGCCCGCAAAUUUGAUAUCAACAGGGCUUACGAUCUGAUUAAAGGCUAUGUCAACUUCCGCCAGCAGUAUCCAGAACUUUUUGAAAACCUGUCGCCUGAGGCCGUGCGCAAUACCAUCGAGGCUGGCUACCCUGGCAUCUUAAGCAACAGAGACAAAUACGGGCGGGUGGUGCUUCUGUUCAACAUCGAGAACUGGGAUUACGAGGAGAUCACCUUUGAUGAGAUUCUCCGUGCCUACUGUGUGAUCUUAGAGAAGCUCCUGGAGAAUGAGGAGACUCAGAUCAAUGGCUUCUGUAUCAUCGAAAACUUCAAGGGGUUUACCAUGCAGCAGGCUGCCGGCAUCAAACCUUCUGAACUGAAGAAGAUGGUAGACAUGCUACAGGAUUCUUUCCCAGCACGGUUCAAGGCCGUCCACUUCAUUCAUCAACCUUGGUACUUCACCACAACCUAUAAUGUGGUCAAGCCCUUCCUGAAGAACAAGCUGCUGGAAAGGGUAUUUGUGCACGGUGAUGAACUUGACACUUUCUACCAUGAGAUCGAUGCUGAUAUCCUGCCAGCAGAUUUUGGGGGCACCCUGCCAAAAUAUGAUGGCAAAGCUACUGCUGAAAAGCUGUUUGGGCCCCGGAUUGAUGCUGAAGACACAGCUCUCUAAAUAGCAGCAGCCCAGCAGAGAAGACAGGUCAGAGGAAAUGAUCAGUCCCAACCAUAUUUUUAAAUGUAGCGUCAGUCCAAAAGAUUGCGAGCAUGCAGUCUUCACUCCUCUUCAUCACCCUUCCAAACAGAAGAGCACAGAAAAGCCCCUACAGUUCCAACUCUCUGGAAGGAUCCUUUUGUCUAUUCCCUCUCUUCACCCAGGAAAGGAAAACAGGCAAGGGACAGUCUAUGACUGGGCCAGUACAGAAGAGGCAGUCUGGCUGUUUACUUUCAGCCACAGCAAGGGCCUCAGUUGGUUUACUGGUUAAUCUUUUAAGUGCUGGGGAAGUGCUCUCUGUUCCAUCCACUCUGCAGCUACAGCUGGUUUUGGGUGGUUGGUUAAGGAAGAGGGAAACAGACCAUUGCAUUGUAAACGGACCCACCAGAGUCCAUCACCACAGGAGCAUUUAAGCCAAGGGGCUGUUUUCUAUAUAAAUACUGAGAAAUAAAAUGUUCCAAUAGCA